AUGGUGCGCAUCAUCCCAACAAGACUCAAAUCCGUCUCUCGAUCUUCCUCCUCUUCCUCCGCAACAAUCUCCGUCACCAACGGAAACUCCAAAAAGAAUCGCAGCAACAGUCCCCCCAUGAGAUCAAAGAAUGACAGCACGAGCCCUUCCAGGGAUGCCGGAAAUGGCCUGGCUUUGAGAGUUUGGAUUAUAAGAGGAAAAGACCUUGCGGCCAAAGAUCGCAGCGGCACAUCCGAUCCUUACAUCAUCGUUUCCACCGGCGAAUCACGAAUCGUAACCAACGAUGUCCCCAAGACACUCAAUCCAGAAUGGAACGUUUCCGAAGAAAUCCCUCUCACUUCCGUCCAAAACCUUCUCCUAAGUGUUAUUUGCUGGGACAAGGAUCGAUUCGGAAAAGACUACAUGGGCGAAUUCGAUCUCGCUCUUGAAGAGAUCUUCAACAACGGCAAGGUGGAACAGCAGCCGACCUGGUAUCGUCUCAAGAGCAAGCGUCCCGGUAAAAAGACAAGCGUUGUCUCCGGAGAAGUCCAGCUGCAGUUUUCCCUCUUCGACUCGACAAACCCAUCGGCCACAGCACAGGAGAUCCUUGAAAAGUUCCAAACCCUUGUAGGCGCCGCUCCCGCUGGGUCUCGUAAUGUUACGCCCUCGAUGACGCCUAACCUGGGUCCCAAUGCGGCUCCCCAGUCCGCCGCUAAUCCCCAAGACAGUCCCAGUGACGAUGACGAAUUCGACGAGGAUGAUUCUGAUUCAAGUGACUCGGACUCGGGAGACGAUCAAGACCAAGAUCCCACCAAGCGCAAGCGCCGACUUCGAAUCCGAGGACUGAAGAAGAGGAGACGCAACAAUCCUUACGCAUUUGCCAGCAACGGUUUCGACACGGUCGGCGUCAUCUACCUUGAAGUAGUCAAGAUUACAGACUUACCUCCUGAAUCCAAUCUUACACGCACAAGCUUCGACAUGGAUCCAUUUGUUGUCGCGUCCCUCGGCAAGAAGACAUACCGCACUCGUCGCAUUCGUCACAACCUCAACCCCGUCUUCAACGAGAAGAUGUUGUUCCAGAUUCAGAGCCAUGAGCAGAAAUACUCAUUCUCAUUCACCGUUAUCGACCAUGACAAGUACUCAGGAAACGACUUCAUUGCUUCCUGCAAUCUUCCGCUCCAUGAAUUGCUUGAGCGAUCCCCCAAAGCCAACCCUGAAACUGGACUGUACGACCUCAAGGUGCCUGCGCAGGCCGAAGCGCUUCCUUCCCGAUCACGAUUCAAGAAGCUCGCCAUGUCGCGCUCCAACUCUUCUUCAAGCAUCAGCAAGAUGAUCCGCCCACCACUGAGCAAGCACGCGUCCAGCGGCAGCACAACAACCGCAGUUCCUGCUUCGGCACCCACAUCAAACCCCAACAUGUUGGCGCCAGCGGAUGCCCUUGCCAACACAGGUGCUGAUCCGGAUUCAACCGCUCAGGAUGGCGGAGAUUCCGACUUCCACGAAUACACAGUGCCCCUCAAACUGAAGGACCUUGAAAAGUGGGAGAAGAAGCACAACCCUAUUCUGUACCUGCGCGCCAAGUACAUGCCAUACGAUGCUCUCCGACAACAAUUCUGGCGGGCCAUGCUUCGGCAAUACGAUGCUGAUGAAAGCGGCCGAAUCAGCAGAAUUGAACUCACAACAAUGCUUGAGGCUUUGGGCUCCACACUUACUGAGGCCACUAUCGACACCUUCUUUUCGAGAUUCCCCCACCGGGAUGCCGACAAUGAGGAGAAUUGGGAGCUUACCAUGGACGAAGUUGUCAUUUGUUUGGAAGACCAAUUGCAGGGCAAGAGACGAUCUUCAGCCACUGUGGGGGACAAACUGAAGCAUCUUGUACCGGACAUGAAGAACCUCCUCCACGUAUCUCAUCCAGGUAACAAUAACAGCAAUGGUGGCUCGGAAAACCCUAGCGUUCUGGACCUGAGCGCAACCUCAGGAACCCAAACACCAAUUUCAAACGUCCCCACGUUGAAGACACCUGCAGAUGAAGAGGGUGAUCCCCUAGACAAGUCCGACAGUGGUGACGAUCGUGGUGAGGAACAUGUAGUCGAGAUCCGAGAAUGCCCUAUCUGCCAUCAACCACGACUCAACAAGCGCAAGGAUGCGGACAUCAUCACCCAUAUCGCGACUUGUGCCAGCCAAGAUUGGAGACAGGUCAACAGUGUCCUAGUGGGCGGAUUCGUAACUGCCAGCCAGGCUCAGCGAAAGUGGUAUUCUAAGGUUAUCACCAAGAUCUCUUACGGUGGAUACAAGCUGGGUGCCAACUCGGCCAAUAUCCUUGUCCAAGAUCGUCUCACAGGACAGAUUAACGAGGAGAAGAUGAGUGUCUAUGUCAGAUUAGGAAUCCGUCUUCUCUACAAGGGUCUCAAAUCUCGAGAUAUGGAGAACAAGCGAAUCCGAAAGCUGCUUAAGAACCUCAGCGUCAAGCAAGGCAAGAAGUUUGAUGACCCCGCGUCCAAGGAUGAGAUCGAGAAGUUCAUCGCUUUCCAUGGUCUCGACAUGUCAGAGGUUCUACUGCCACUAGAAGAGUUCAACAACUUCAAUGAGUUCUUCUACCGUGCUCUGAAGCCCGAUGCUCGUCCUUGCUCAGCACCUCAUAACCCUCAUAUCAUCGUGUCACCAGCCGAUUGCCGCAGUGUUGUUUUCAACUCCAUCUCAACCGCUACUAAGAUUUGGGUCAAGGGUCGCGAGUUCAACAUGAAGAGACUUUUGGGAGACGCCUAUCCCGAAGACGUAUCCCGGUUUGAAGGUGGAGCGUUGGGUAUCUUCCGACUGGCUCCACAGGACUACCACCGCUUCCAUAUCCCUGUCGAUGGUGUCAUGGGCAAGCCCAAGACGAUCGAGGGCGAGUACUACACAGUCAACCCUAUGGCCAUUCGAUCAGCUCUGGAUGUGUACGGAGAGAACGUGAGAGUUCUUGUGCCCAUUGACAGCGAGGCUCAUGGCCGUGUCAUGGUCAUCUGCGUGGGUGCUAUGAUGGUGGGCAGCACUGUUAUCACCCGCAACGAGGGCGACAAGGUUCAACGUGCAGAGGAGCUUGGAUACUUCAAGUUCGGUGGCAGCACCAUCUUGCUCCUGUUUGAGCCUGGAAGAAUGGUCUUUGAUGAUGAUCUUGUGGACAAUGGCCACGAUGCACUUGAAACUCUGGUCCGAGUAGGCAUGUCUGUUGGCCACACGCCUAGUGAGCCGCAGUGGACUCCUGACAUGCGAAAGAAUGCAGAGAACAUCACGGAAGCCGAGAAGAGAACUGCCAAGCGACGUAUCCAGGGCAACGUGGCGCUACAAGAUUCGCCGGAUGGCAGCGGAGAGGAAGAACAGGCGGCACGAUCAUCCAAGCCAACCAUCGACACUAUGGCUGCGUCGGCGAUGUAG